ACUCAGAGGGAGAGAGAAAGAGAGAGAGAGAGACUCCACACUCAGAGGGAGAGAGAAAGAGAGAGCAAAGCUGGGAUGCGGGACCGCUGUCGACACCACAGCUCACACACUCACAGAGGGAGCGGAGGGCGGCGUUUGUGCUACACAUAGUGUGUGCAGAGAGAGAGAGAGAGAAGACGAGACACACACACUCACACACACACACACAAAUCAGAGACAUAACGGUCCGGUCGCUCGUCUCCAGGCAACCGGGCCGUUAGAGCGGCUUCUAGCCGAGCAGAGUGCUGCCAUGGCCGGGUAGAGGAGUACAGACGGACGAGGUGUUUUUUCCUCUUUUUCUGCCGGAUUUCAGGAUUCCCCGUUGGAGCCGAGAUGGGAAAAGAGCAGGAGCUUCUGGAGGCGGCGCGGACAGGGAAUGUAGCCGUGGUGGAGAAGCUGCUGAGCGGCAAGAAGGGACUGCUGGGCUCCGGCUCCGGCUCCAUCCAAUUGCCCGGACUGCUCAGCAUGUGGAGAGGGCUGAAUGUGAACUGUGCAGACAGCUCAGGAUACACACCUCUACAUCACGCUGCGCUCAACGGACACAGGGAUGUGGUGCUGAAGCUGUUGCAGUUUGAAGCGUCCACUAACGUUGCUGACAGUAAAGGAUGUUUCCCUCUACAUCUGGCCGCCUGGAGGGGAGACGUAGACAUCGUCCGAAUCCUCAUACACCACGGCCCCUCCCACUGCAGAGUCAAUGAACAGAAUCAUGAGAAGGAGACGGCGCUGCACUGCGCGGCACAGUAUGGUCACUCAGAGGUGGUAUCUGUGCUGCUGCAAGAGCUGACGGACCCCAGCAUGAGGAACAGCCGGGGGGAGACUCCUCUGGACCUGGCGGCACUGUACGGGCGGCUGCAGGUGGUGCGCAUGCUGCUGAGCGCACACCCCAACCUCAUGAGCCUCAACACACGUAUACACACACCGCUGCAUCUGGCUGCCCGCAACGGCCACCACUCCACCGUCCAGGCGCUGCUGGAGGCCGGCAUGGAUGUCAACACAGAGACGGAGAAAGGCAGUGCUCUUCAUGAAGCUGCUCUCUAUGGUAAAAUGGCUGUAGUUCGGCUCCUGCUUGACUCAGGGAUCGAUGUCAACAUCACAGAUUGCCAGGGAAAAACUGCUUUAGAAAUACUGAAAGAACACCCAGCCCAGAAAUCACAACAGAUUACUGCUCUCAUACAAGAUUACAUGAUGGCAGAGAGCGACAGAUGCAGUUUCCCGGAGGAGCCGGUUCGUCAGUGUCCAGUACCCACACCUCGCACCUCAAUACCCUCACCUGCUGCCUCCCCGUCACUCAGACACAAAAAUGAUGCAGUGACGGGGGAAUUGUCGAAGUUGCUGAAUGAGAUCAAGAUGUGCCGGGACAGGGAUUACUCGUUUGAGGAGCUGUGUCAGACCAUCUCCUCACACUCGCAGUCUAUGGAGAGUUUCUGCAGUGGCCGGCUGUCCGAUGAAGAGAGGAACAGCACCCUCACUCGCAUCAACAAGCGGCCUUCUCCCCCGUUGCCCCCAGCAGUGGAGGAGGAGGAGAAGGUGUGUGGUCCAUCAGGCCUGUGGGAGGCGCUCACACCCUGCAACGGCUGCAGAAACCUCGGCUUCUCUCAGGACUCUAAGCGCUGUGUGGAAAUCAUCCAGUCUCCCUCUCUGGACGUUUUUUUACCGGAAGACGAGGAUAAUCCAUAUGAGUCUGUGGCCACGGCAGUCACACGCAAACCCUGCUCGCUGGACAUCCACCUUCUCAACACCUGUCCUGGCAAUGGCCACUCUUCCCAUGUGCCGGUCAGUGAUGUGGAGCAGCGUAACCAUUGUGAUGACUACACAGGUCUGACUCCAGACUGCUCCCCUCCCUCCCCUGAUACAGCCCUGAAGAACAUUGAGAGAGUCAUCCGCCCUCAGCCCAAGCAGCGUACGUCUCUGUCCUCAUCUCAGGACGUGCAGCGGCCAGUGCAGAACCACAGCGGAGAGCCCUCGGAGGUCAGCUCAUCUUUGGGCUACGCUAGCUUCAGCACCAGCCCACCUGCCAGCCCCCCCAUCAGCCCUGCCAACUACUCCACAGGCUCAGCUGAAGACUGCGCCCUCACUGAUGAGGUGUUGGAGCAGAGGGAGUGCGUGUUGAGGGACGAACGCAGGGACAGCCACAUUCCAGAGCAGUUUGCUGGUCUUCUGCACGGCUCCUCUCCAGCCUGUGAGUCGCCAGACAACCCCUAUCAGCUCUACGGCAGAGUCCGCAAGCUCUGUGCCCCAGAGCCACCACAGCGGCACGGCAACCUGCUCCGAGCGCCCGAGCCAGCUGGCCCACCCUUCCCCCGGCCCUCCGCCACUCAGGCUUCUCCACCCAAGGGCCAGAAAGAGCCCAAACCACAGGUGGUCUACCGCACCAUCUUCCACACAAGGGUCAACCAGAGCCCACUGACUGCCCAAUCAGAGAGUGACUCUGUGAGCAACGGAGAGGCACGGAGCAACAACGGCCCAUCCAGCACAGCGGUCAGCAGCAGUGUUAGUAGCACUGCGGGCUACGAGGAGCGAGCCUGCACUCUUGGCAGGAUGCGCUCCGUGCCACGCAACGUCCUGGACCUGCAGCUGUCCAGGAACUUUUCCAAGUCGGACUCCAACCUGGUGGCCGUGUCGCCUAUCGAAGAGGAGCAGUGGAGCUCACGAGGUCAAAUUCAGAACAGCCCGGGAAAAGGAGGCAGCCCAACUAGACUGGAGCGGACCCCAUCCUUUACAGCAGAGUGGGAGGAGAUUGAUAAGAUCAUGAGCUCCAUCGGCGCUGGAAUUGGGACAGAGCUUGAUGAGAACAAGGAAGACCACUCAGGCCCCCGCUGCCCCGUGCAGUCCGUGGGACAGUGGCUGGACAACAUCGGCCUGGUCCAGUAUGAGAACCACCUGCUGGCCAACGGCUUCGACAACGUGCAGUUCAUGGGUAGUAAUGUGGUGGAGGACCAGGACUUACUGGAGAUCGGGAUUCUAAAUUCUGCCCACAGACAGCGCCUCCUACAGGCCAUCCGCCUACUGCCAAGGGUGCGGCCCAUAGGCUACGAUGGCAAUAACCCCACCUCAGUGGCUGAGUGGCUGGAGUCUCUGGAACUGGGAGACUACACUAAAUCCUUCCUCAUCAAUGGCUACACGUCCAUGGAGCUGGUCAAGAAGAUUUGGGAAAUCGAACUCAUCAACGUCCUUAAGAUCAACUUCAUUGGGCACAGAAAAAGAAUUCUCGCAUCACUCGGAGACCGGCUACACGAAGACCCUCCACAGAAACCUCCACGAGCUAUUUCUCUGAGGGAGCCCAGCGGGAAUCACACUCCUCCUCAGCUGUCCCCAUCUAUAAACCAGACGGCCUACCCGAACGCCGGCUCACUCGACGUCCAGCACCUCAUCAUGCAGGCCGACGCCAGGCGCAGGCGCAAUGACAACUACUUCGAGGACGUUCCACGCUCCAAACUGGAGAGGCAGAUGGCCCAAGUCAGUAUGCAAGGGGAAUGGUGUGAGCCUAUCACGUUGCGGCCUCCCAACGAGGCGACAUCAUCCACUCCUGUACAGUACUGGCAGCACCAUCCAGAGAAGCUCAUAUUCCAGUCGUGUGACUACGAGGCCUAUGUGAGUUAUCUGGGCUCCAUGCUGGUUAAAGAGCUGAGAGGAACUGAAUCUACACAAGAUGCAUGCGCAAAAAUGAGGAAGUCUACAGAACAAAUGAAGAAAGUCCCUACUAUUGUCCUCUCCGUCUCUUACAAGGGAGUGAAGUUCAUUGAUGCAACAAAUAAGAACAUUAUAGCAGAACAUGAGAUCAGGAACAUCUCAUGUGCAGCACAAGAUCCUGAGGACCUCUCGACGUUCGCUUACAUCACCAAAGACUUGAAGUCCAGCCACCACUACUGCCAUGUGUUUACAGCCUUUGAUGUGAAUCUGGCCUAUGAGAUCAUCCUGACUCUAGGCCAAGCAUUUGAAGUGGCCUAUCAGCUUGCCCUGCAGGCCAGGAAGGGUGGCCAUGGCUCCUCUACACUGCCCGAAAGCUUUGACAGCAAACCCUCCAAACCCAUCCCCAAACCUCGUGCCAACAUCCGCAAAUCUAUGGAGCAGCCCUCGAUGGACCAGAAGGGCCACGGCAAUGUCCCCUGGAUAGUGGAGCCGGGACAGGAGGCGAAGAGAGGCGUCAACACCAAGUAUGAGACCACUAUUUUCUAAUAUACACCCACACUGUCCACUUCCUGUGUGUGUGCCUUUCAGAGAGCGCCCUCUAGAGGCCCCCCACGGAGCCACGGGCCCAGUGACCUGUGACCCGCCCCGCGUCCCUCCGCCCGGUCCAGCCGUAUACCGUGGCCUCUGCAUGAUGUCGCUGCUGCUGUCUCUCUCUCUCUAUCUCUCACACUCUCUCGCCCGCUCUCCCUAUCUCUCUCUCGCUCCCCCUCUUUUUGACUGCAGCUCUAUACGGGAGGGUCACGCUCAGCCCUCAGGCCGACACACUGCGUGUCACACCCUCCUUCACUACGCUCUCAUUCUCCUCCAGCAAAAAAAAAAAGUUUUUUAUCCCCUCGUUUUUUUCCCCCCUUUCCCCUCCGUUCUAUGCUUUUACUCUCUCCCUCGCUCCUUACAGGAGCAGCAGACCAGUAUCCCCCACCGAACACACAGCACACACACUCUCGACUGCUUGAAUGAGAACUUUAAAUCCGUAAUGCUGCUAUAAGCGUGUCACUACAGCGUUUUCGUUGGGAGGGGGUUUACUUUUGUUAAUCAGCAGGCAGCACGAGACGCAGUUAGCCGUGGGGGUUUUUGGGGCAGGACAAAAAGGGAGUGGAUUUUGAGACAGCCAGCGUAGGAAUGGAGAUCGAAUGCCACUUAAAGACAUUUUGCUUGUGUGCUAUGUAGCAAAAUUUUGAUUUGAAUUUUAAAAAAAAAAAUGCUUGUUUGAAAAAAUGGCAUUUCAAUCCUUUUAUUUUGGAAGAUUUUUUUCUUUUGCAAACAUAUCCAAAAUAGCCUGUAUGGGGCAGCCUGGGGUUUGGCUUGUUCUAAACCGUGCUGGAGUCGUGCUUUAAGUCAGGGUGUUCCGUUCAUAUCUGCUCUCCUGGCAACAAACAAGUGUGUCAAAACUGCAUUUAAAGGAAGCUUAUUUUACACUCAAGCAUUUCGAGCUAUUUUAAUCUGUAAUUGCUUUUCCUAUUUUUGGCAUGUCGGCCCUGAAACAGGCACUUUGGCCUGCAGAGAGCAUGUGGUCCGUGUUGGACUGAUGAAGGGGGCAUCUGAGAGGCUUUUUUCUUUUUUCCUUUUUUUUUUUUUCUUUUUUUCUUUUUUUUUUUUUGAUGGACGCUCUGGAUAAGUGAUUUAAUCUCAUUCGCAGGGCAGUGCCGGACGCCCAUGUCUAUUACUGUGGAAAUCAAAGAAUGUAGCCAGCCCCUAACAUGGACCCUCUCAUACACACAUUGCAAAAAGGACUACAAAUGUGGAGCCUAAAAGUGGCACUGGACUACAGACAUGGCAGAGCCGCUCGUGAGUGGACUUUUAGCUUAAACACAGUGUGCGAAAGAUUGCCGGCAUGGACCUACGGCCUUUUACAUGCACACAGAGACUACAGUGGACUACAGAAUGACAGGGAAUGUACACUUCACUCUGAGCCACUUCACUGCAUCGUGCUCAGGCUUUGCUACAAGGGCCCAUGGACUCUGCUGUGUGAGGGAGAACGUUGGGGGAAAGGCAAGGUGCCAUGGGGAUAGGACAUGUACCAUGGUCACUCUCACAGACUCAUUUUGCCCAGGUCUACAGUCCAAAACACCUUGGCAUGUCACGACCGGGGCAAAAGUGGACCUCUUGGUUUGCCGUAUUUUCACUUUUCAGUUGUCUUCUUCAGUUUCCCUUCGGUUUGUUUAUAGUUGAUUCUACAUUAUUAAUAUUAUGCACAAUGUGAAUGGAUUUAUUGCACUGGACAACCAUGAAAUUGACGCGUCUCGUGCCAAAAUCACUACAGAAUUGUUGUUGACAUGAUUGACAAUGCCAUGCAGAUUACUAUUCAUAUUGGCUAAACAUUUUAAUGUUUAAUAGAAGUCUAUAUUGCCAUUAUUCUAAUUCUUAAUUAACUAUUAUUAUUAUUAUUAUUAUUAAUUAUUAUUAUUAUUAAUGUGCAAUUCUUGUCUAAUGUUGUCUUAAUGUUAUAUUAUUUUUAUAUGAUAUGUUGGGCUUGAGAAUAAUAGCCAUCCUAAAAAAGAAAAGUAUUAAUAUUGUAGUAAAGCUGAGAAUGUGUGAAUGGCUCCACUCAACUUUGCUUUCAGGUGAGGAGACCAUUGUUUCUCAUGGGGCUGUUACACAGAGACAGAUGUACUAUUUUAACUCAGUGUCACGGUAGAAAUUUUUGCCACAGUUCUCCUGUAAAUAAAUAUUUUGUUGACUCAUUGUUCAUACAUGUAAUGUAGUUUAACAUAAAAAGAAGAAAAAUGAAUAAAAGAAAAAAAAAGAAAUAAAAGACAUCACACUGGUUAACACGGUACCAAAUUUCCAAGGUCAACUGAUUUUACUGUUGAAAAAAGAGCUUGUGUGAGCGGAGAAGCAGAGUUGCUAACCUACAUGUACAUAGGCUUGGGCUUCCAGCACUCCAUAGUUUUCUAAGUUUGGUCUUUAUUUAUAUCCUGGCGAAGCACAUGGAAUAAAUUGGACUUGUACGACCAUU